AUGAAUAAAUUACAACGACGUAAAAAUCCUAAUAAUACCAACGAAAAGAAAUCAUUAAAAUCAUGUGAAAAGAAUGAGAAUUUUGAAGAAAAGGAGUCAUUAAAAUCAUUUACUAAUCAAAAUUUGUUAUUAAGUUUAUUGAUUUUAUUCAGGAUAAUAAAUGCUUUAUGUACAAAGACAUAUUUCAAUCCUGAUGAAUAUUGGCAAUCAGUUGAAGUUGGUCAUUAUAUGAUAUAUGCUCCAAGGAUUUUUCAAGCAAUAUUUGCAGCCAUUGGAGAUUUAUAUACUUAUCGAUUAGCGAGGAAAUUAUUUAACGAUCCAACAGCAAAUUGGACUCUAUUUUGUUCUAUUAUUUCUUGGUUCAAUUUCUUUUGUUCAAUAAGAACGUUAUCUAAUAGUAUUGAAACGGUACUUACCAUUAUAGCAUUAUAUUAUUGGCCAUGGCCCACUUUUUCAAAUUUAAUAAGUUGGAAUGACCGAAUAAAGAUGUUACGCGUUUCACUAAGUUUAGCAGCGGUUUGUUGUAUUCUUCGCCCAACUAAUGCUAUUAUCUGGGGAUUCCUUGGCAUACAUUUAUUAUGGAAAACAAAAGAUCAUCUUACUUCCAUUAUCUUAAACACCCUGUUUAUAACGAUUCUUUCAAUUUUGGCGAUGACCUUAACUGACUAUACAUUUUAUGGUGAAAUUGUUUUUGUACCUAUGAAAUUUUUAUAUGUUAACGUGGUACAAUCUAUUUCAUUGUUUUAUGGUUCACAUCCUUGGCAUUGGUAUUUAUCACAGGGGAUACCAUUCAUUACCACCACAUUAAUGCCAUUCGUACUCAAAGGCAUAUAUGACUUGAUCAACAACCGUCACCUUGCUCAUCAACAAUCCAUUAAAACAUUAAUAUGGUUAAUGGCCUUUGUAAUAUUUUGUUAUAGUUUAUUAAGUCAUAAAGAAUUCCGGUUUAUAUAUCCUUUGUUACCUAUAAUGAUAAUUUGUGCGGGAUAUUGUUUACAAGACAUUUCUUUAAAAUAUCAAAAGAAAAUAAGAUUUGUAGUGAUUUUUUUGGUACUUACCAAUGUACCAGUAGCUUAUUACACUAAUUUCGUACAUCAACGUGGUGUUGUGGAUGUUUUGAAUUAUCUAAGAAAUGAAGCUGAAUUGGGAAAAGUUCGUGAAAUUGGAUUUUUGAUGCCUUGCCAUUCUACCCCAUAUUAUAGCAAUCUACAUUUUAAUAUAUCUAUGUUUUACUUAUCUUGUGAUCCUCCCUUGAAUAGGGAUCAAGUUAAUUAUGUUGAUGAGGCUGAUCAAUUUUAUGCAAAUCCACAUGAAUUUCUCAUAAAAAAUUUUCACUCAAUAUCAUCAUCAUCUGAAAAAUCUACUGAUUCAAAACUUCGUAAAUGGCCAAAUUAUUUGGUAAUUUUCGAAGCUUUAUUAAAUGAUUUAACUCCCUUUUUAAAAGAUUCCAAUUAUAAAGAAUGUGCAAGGUUUUUUAAUUCACAUUUUAUUGAUGAUUGGAGAAGAAAAG